AUGGCUACUGAGUCUGACCCCGCAGUAACGCGUGUCACUGUCAUACUCAACACACCUGACGACUGGUUCACCUGGUUGUUUAUUCGCCGAGACGUUGCCAACCGCCACGGUCUCUGGCAGUACAUCAAUCCUGACGUAGCUAAGGAAUUACUCCCUGAGCUGACGGAGGCUGCUGAGCCUCAACUCAUUGACUACCAGGUUGGAGCUACUAGGCUCUCUGACCUGACUGCAGAAGACCGAGAGUCAUACCAAUGGGAAUGCGAUCAAUGGGAGCGCCGCCGCUCCGAGUACCGCACCAAGAAGAAGGCCUUGGCCAACCUGAACACGGACAUCAGCAAGACGAUUGCUGUACGCCACAUACACCUGAUCAAGGAUCACAAGACACCUACGACUGACUAG